UCUCUAAAAAAUAAUAAAAAAAUGCCUUCCACUUUAUAAACUCGUCGCGCCGCGGCCGCCGUCCGUCGCCGCAUCGCAUCGCGUUUGCUCAUUUCGCUCUGCUCCGCUCGAUCCACGGAGCCGACGACGACGGACGGCCGAUGGUGCGGCCGCACGGGGGGACGAGCAUGGGGCGUCAGCGCAUCGAGAUCCGCCACAUCGAGACCAAGGGCCAGCGGCAGGUCACCUUCAGCAAGAGGCGGUCCGGGCUGUUCAAGAAGGCGUCGGAGCUCUCCAUGCUCACCGGCGCCAGCAUCGCCGUCGUCGUCAUGUCCGAGGCCCGCAACGCGUUCUGCUUCGGCGACCCGUCCGUCGACGCCAUCCUCCGCCGCUACGCGCCCGUCCCCGGGGAAGCCGCCGCCGCCGCGAGUGUUGGUCCUUCCCAUGUCCACGGGGCCGCCAGAGACGACGACGACGACCGCGACCGCCACCACCACGAGGAGUUGAGAAAGGCGGUGGAGGACGCCAGGUCGCAGGUCGCCGCGGAGAAGUCGCGGUUGAGCGAGGUGGCGAAGAAGAUCGAGGCCGCGAAGGCGGACAGGCAGUUCUGGUGGGAGGCCGACGUGGAGGCGCUCGGGGAGGCGGAGCUGCCGGAGUUCACCAGGGCGCUCGAGAAGCUCAUGGCCAACGUGCGCCGCCACGCCGACGACCAGCCGCAGCAGCAGCAGUAGGGAGGAAGACGCAUCAAUUGAUGCACGCUUCCUUCAAUUAAUUGCGUACUUAAUCACGUUUAGCGAUUUACUGAUUGGCUCUAAUUGAUUGGUUCCAUUUAGCCGAAGCAUCUUGCUAACAUUUCAGAUAUAUUUUUUUGAUUCGCCAUGACAUUUUGGAAGGAAUUAGUGACCAAUAUCUUGAUCAAGAAAUGUUUGGAAGGCAUUCUGUUGAUCUGGAACAUGGAAAAAUAUGUGAUUCCAACCAAAAAUAUUUAACUUAAAAAAAAACUUCUGAAGUUACCAGAUGAUUUAGUAUAUACAGAUUGAAGCAUUGGCCAAUUUGACACCAGAAGAGAAGAAAGCAUGAUUUCAACACGGACCACUAAUUUUACAACAUAAAAAAGGAGUUGUCUAUGUACAAGCACUGAUUUCUACCAUGUACAUAUCUGACUUAUUUCCUUGUUUCAUUUUUUUCUUCGUACCUUCUCAACCACCGUAAAAUUCAUUUUAUAUAUCUUAGUCAUUCCUACGUGGAGUUUUGCUCUGUCUGGCCGAUGAAUAUGCAGCUGCAAGGAGGGCAGCACCAGUGCCAGACCCCUCCUCCAUCACUCUAAGACUAACAGUGGCUGCAAUCUCCUCUCCCAGGAUCUCGACUAUGGCUUCAUCCAGAUACUCUCUGAAGGCCGAAUAACCCUGGACGAGACCGCCCUCGAUGGCGACAACCGUUCUUCUCCGCACGCCUCUCAUCGUUCGAACUUCGCUGGUGCCGCAAAGGGUUCCAUCGCAGCCAAUCUUUUGCAGUAUUGCAACGAUCGCAGCUGCUGCUAGGCGGGCAGCUCUUUGGGUGAUGAUGUCACAGACUCUCACCACAAGCUUCCGGGUCUUGUGAGGAACAUCCUGUAGCUGCGUAGGAAAACAAUUGAAAAGGUGAUGUGUGUCAGUCUGAAGAAACUGUGUACUGAAACAGAAAGGUGAGAUCAUCUUUGAGCGCUGUAUAGAAAACCUUGAGAUGUUCCUCCAGUAUCUUGCCCACUUCUCUCAAAUCUGGGGAAUCAUCCUCGCGAAUUGCAGCUAAGUUUGGUGUGCUGGAUUAAAAGGCAUGACAUUAAAGU